AAAAUUGUUUUAUUGUUUAUCUCAUAAUGAACAAUUAAUACUUACACUAAUUAAAAUGGAAAUACCUACAAAGAUAUCUGUUAUCGUAUUUUUAAUUCAUUUUAUGUGUGUUUCGCGUACUGUGAGUUAUGGUAGAAUACCAGGGUAUCAUGGUGUGCAUAACGGAGUAGAGGGUCGUAAUGACUAUAUUGACGAGUGGAUGGUCGAAGUGCACGGUGGUGAGGAGGUGGCGCAGCUGGUGGCGACCGACCUUGGCUACGAGUACGAUGGACCGGUCGUUGGAUUCCCUGAUGUUUACGCAUAUCGAGUAUAUAGCAAGCGGCCGCGGCGUCGCAACCCUAGCGAGCACACAUCGACACUAGCGAAUGAUAGGAGGAUAAAUUGGGCCGAACAGUUGUUCUCCAAGAGCCGAGUGAAGCGCGCCCCUCUCCCCGACCCUGAGCGGGGACUAUACCGAGUGAAGAGAGUAGAGAAUACAACCGCCGACUAUAUUAGACAGAGACGUAGUCAGCCGCUAUUCAACGAUGAACUGUGGAGCUACCAAUGGUAUCUUCAAGACACGCGCACAGAUCGCAUGUUGCCCCGGUUGGACCUGAACGUGCUCCCCGUGUACGCGAUGGGGUUCAACGGCCAGGGCGUGCGUGUGUCCAUAUUGGACGACGGCAUCGAGCACAAUCACACGGACUUACGCGACAACUACGAUGCAGAGAUCAGCUGGGACAGCAACGACCGUGACAGCGACCCGUACCCGCGACCAGACCAGAUGCGGUCCAACUCACAUGGCACCCGAUGUGCUGGAGAAGUAGCAAUGAGAGCGAACAAUGACAAGUGCGGUGUAGGUGUGGCGUGGGGUGCCAAGGUGGGCGGAGUCAGGAUGCUGGACGGUCGCAUUACGGAUCGUGUCGAAGGCGAAGCGAUAGGUUUUGCGUCUGAUAAAGUAGAUAUCUACAGUGCUUCAUGGGGCCCUAAUGACGACGGUAAAACUGUCGAAGGACCAGGAAGGCUAGCCUAUGAAGCGCUGAAGAGAGGAGUAGAGAAGGGUCGCAAUGGCAAAGGCUGUAUUUAUGUGUGGGCGAACGGGAACGGUGGCCACCAUAACGACAACUGUAACCUUGAUGGAUAUUCAUCGAGUAUCUACACGAUAUCGAUCGGCAGCGCCUCCCAACACGGGCUGUUCCCCUGGUACGGGGAAAUAUGUUCCUCAACUCUCGCCACCGCCUACUCCUCUGGUGCUUAUAAGGACCAGAAAAUUGCGACAACAGAUGUUAACAAUUCAUGCACUCUUGGCCACACUGGUACAUCGGCCGCUGCUCCACUGGCAGCUGGUAUUAUAGCAUUAGUACUACAAGCUAACCCUAAUCUAACAUGGCGAGAUGUACAACAUCUAAUUGUUUGGACAUCUGAAUAUACACAAUUAUCGGCAAAUCCAGGAUGGCAAAUGAAUGGGGCGGGGCUUCUUUUUGAUCUUCGUUUUGGAUUUGGUUUAUUAAACGCUGAAGCUCUUGUUGUUGCAGCUUUAAACUGGACGACAGUCCCAAAGAAACACAUUUGCGCCGCAUCUCCACGUUUGAGCAAGAGUGAAAGUAUUUCAUCAUUAAGAGCUGCGGAGGUGACAGUGGAAGUGGGUUGUGACGUAAAUUAUCUGGAACAUGUUGAACUUGUAGUGUCACUGCGUUACACACGCAGGGGGGCACUUGAGAUUUACUUGAUUUCUCCACAAGGAACAAAGGUGCAACUAUUAAGCCAACGUCCAAAUGACUACUCUGAUGCAGGCCUGUCCAACUGGCCUUUAACUUCAGUGGCAACGUGGGGCGAAAACCCAAAUGGAAUCUGGACAGUUAUCGUGCAAGACGGGACAAGUGAAUUUAAUAGAGGCGAGGUGAUAUCUAUGGAAUUAAUAAUGCACGGAACCUUUGAUAUGCCGAUGUACAUGUCCAACGGAUCUAGAAAGUACACAAAUAAAUAUAAUUUAAAAGAUAUCGUCAUCGAUAAGGAAUUGGAAUCGAGUGAAAAUAAUUUACCAAUAGUACCAGGGCAACAUGAAUCGCAAGAGGUGGACGCUAUCGAUGAGGAGUUGUUGAGGCAUCACCACAGCAAAGUAUAUCUUACAGAUUAUAAUAUAUAAGCCGAAAGAAUUAUGUUUUCAAUGAAACAAUUAAUAUCGUGUGGUUAUUCUAAGAAUGAAUGAAAUAAUAUUAUUAUAAAUUGCAUGACUGUGCUUCCCAAUUAGUAAGAUACUAUAAUAGUUUUGCUUUCGAUUAUUUAGGUUUUUGUAAAACCUCCGGCUUCUUUUUAUAAAUAAACUAAAAUUGGGUAUUACGACUCGUGGGCCACUAUUACAAUACAAUAUUACAAUAGAUUAUUCUUACGAAAACACAAAGUCAAACAUUUUUACUCAAGUGAAUAGAUAGCUUCUAUAUAAUACUUUGAAUAGUCAAAUACCAUUUAAAAUCGAUUUGUAAAGUUGCUCUUGUUGUGAAGAAUCGACAAGAAAAAUACAAACGAGCCCAAGGUCGCCCACACUCUUGCAACACUAGAAGAAUCACAGGAGAGUUGCCGUCCUUUUAAGAAGCUGUAUGCUUUUUUAUUGAUUAUCCUUUGGCUCUUUUUAAUAAAUCAUAGUAUUAUAAAA